AUGCCAGGUGUGAACAGUGAUGUCCUGUGGACGCCAUCCCGGCCCAGGGACGUCUCAGGCACAAUGGCAUCCCUGGGCUGUGCUAAUUUUUGUGAAGUGCCCUGCGUGUGUAGGGUUGUCAUCGCCACCCCCUGGUGCACGCCAAAAGUGGGUGCCCCGGGGGCGCGCACUUUUUUCCAAAAAGGUGGGGAACCCCCUAACCUUUGCAGGCAGGGCCUGGAGGCCUGCACAAUUAUAAUGUUACCAAUUAGAAAAAAAAUGGUGCCUGGGCGCGCCGCCCCUGCGCCAGCCAAAGGCGCGCCCCUUUGGAAGGCUAGUUACAGAAGACCGGCCACCGCCGGCCACCCACCAAGCCCAACUGGAGCCGGUCACAGCGAGACCCCAAAUGCUAGAUAUAUAGUGUGCGGGGGACCCGGCCGAAUCAUAUCACUCCACACUGACACAGGCUGA